AUGAAAUUUGAUAUUUACUUGAGAGGAACACAUAACUUCACAUUCCAUUUAGUAUACAGAGAUGGGUUCGUCUUUGCUGUUUGACAACUUGAUUGCUCAGCUUUGCAUCGCUCUGAUCCUGUUGUUUACAGUUAAAAGGUUAUAUAUACAAUACGUGACCCUCCCUCCCGGACCGACUGGAUACCCUGUGAUCGGUUGUCUACUAAUGCUGAGAAAUGUCGUUCCAUCACGUCUCUACAACAAACUUUAUAGGAAGUAUGGUCCGAUCUACAGCAUGAAGAUGGGAUUGAAGCUUUUUGUUGUCGUUAGUGGUUACCAGGCACUUCGUGAUGUCUUCAUAAAGCAUGCAGGUCACUUCUCAGACAGACCAGAUAUGUACAUGUUUAGUGACGUUUUCAAACGCAAAGGCAUCAUUUCAAGUUCCGGCGGUUUCUGGAAGCGAACAAGAACGAAAACGAGUCUGUAUUCGAGAAUCGAUAGCCCGAAUGGAACUCUUCUGCUUUUUGACAUCAUUGGUACAACGCUUUCGGCUGCUGCCCGAAACUGAUGGUGUUUUUCCAAGUCUUGAUCGAAUCGAAGGAACUGUCGGAUCGCCAAAAUAUUUCAACGUUCGAGCCUUUAAAGUUCACAA